AUGGACGUCAGCAUAAGCCAAAACUUGAUUAAAUUCAGUUACUUUGAUCCAUUCAAUGUUUUCGACAGCGUGCGCAAGGAACUGGAAGAUAGACUACCGUUCAAGAAUCUGCAUUGGAAGCCGUUGAACGAGAAUUUACGCACGAUUUCUAAUCUUCCAGUAGGAAUUGUGGGAGAAACUGAUGAUAAAACGAGUUCAGAAAGCAGUAUUACACCUGUUAUACUGUUUCUGGUGAUUAAUUGCACAUCCAUCGACGAGUAUAGGGCUAAAGUGCGUCCUUUGGUGAGACAAUGGCUUCCUUCUUCCGGCGGGUCUCUUGAGGAAAAUGGGUCUAUAUUUGGAAUGCCAGUGAAACGUAUCGCAUUGCUGCACACCAAUUCCGGUGUUACAGGCGGCAAUCUUUUUAAAACACUCUCGUUCUCUGAGAAGUUCAGUAAAGACUUCCCAUUCCUCACUGCAAUUGAAAUCAAGUCUAUUUACAAAUCUGAAAAAGAAAGAACAGAUUUCUGGAACGGAACCUUGACUCAGCUCCGUCGUUACACAAUGGAGAUCUUCGAGCAGCGGCUCGCUUAUAUGGAGACCCAGCGCCACAACAUCGCAACUGGGGAUAAGGGCCACUUAGCUGCGGUGCAAGAAAAUAUACUAAAUUUAUUUCUGAGUUUUCAUCUGAAUGACGAGGCCUCUAGGGAGCUUGAAAGUCUCAAAAGCACGUUGUUCCAAAAUUUAGAACCCGCCGCGCCUGUCGGCGAAUUAGAAAUUCCGUUCCAGAUUUUACAAACUAAUGAUACCACCACAAGCAACUCAUUCACAAUGGACCUCGCAGACCAAAAAUACAGUACCACUCAAGGGUUAAACAAGUUCUUUUUCCUUAAACAAUGCGAGCUCAUUCAAUGCACUCAUGUACAAGCCGCGAGAAAUGCGCGCUUGUUUCAGCUCACUAAGUCAUUUUUAAAGACGAUUUCCAAACAUUUUAGAGGCUCACCUCCACUAACCGAUUUCAAGUGGUCAUUCGUGGAAUCUUUGCUCAAGAGUAGCACAUUUGAUCCUGAAGAGCCCAUCAGUUACCGCGAGAUUCUGGCUGAUCUUAAAAUAAUUCAACGAGACUGCUGGAUAGACUUGGCUUAUAGCUCAAAGGGGUUCAAGAUUCUGCACCGGACUUAUCCAGCUAAUGGAAGCAAAACGCAACUGAAGGAUCUUGAUGCGACAUUCAAGGACGAAGAAACAUUCCACAAAAGCUACCUGUCUGCAACAAAAGAGAUAAUAACUUUACUGAACAGUCACAAAUCUAAAAAGUACAGAACGGUCGACCUUCUUUCUGUCGAAGUUGGACUUCUCCACUACCAACGUAAAGAGUAUCAAAUGGCCAUCAGUAUUCUGCACCCUUGCCAUGAAUACUACAAGGAUUCCAGUUGGAACUUGCUGGCCUUUCAUUUACUAGAAUGUUUCAUCGAUUGUCUGAUGAACUGUCCUAAUUUAGAUACACUUGCUAUAGGUGAUGAGAACGUUCCAGUUCCCACAGUCUUAAGCAACUCCAUUCUGAAUUUACUGACCUCUACCAAAACCAACGAACUGAAGAGCUAUUGGUGGGAUCGAUUUAUUGAAAUCAACGAAGGAUGUGAAGGGAGUCUUAUUUAUCCGCUAACCAACCUUUUUGAGUUUCAAAUCCAAAAGAAGCUUAUCGUGACGAAACCCAAUCACUUUGGCUUGAUGGUGAAGAUCACUAAUGCAAAGAUACCAAAGUCGGUUGUGGUUAAAAACAUGCAACUCCUUUUGAAAAAUGAAGAUGGUGAAUUUUUGAAGUUUCAGCGGCAAGAUGUUACCGUUGAACCUGGUGAAAAUGCGGUUUUCUUGGAAUGCACAAGAAUUUUCUUCGGAUUAUCGAGAAUCGUCAGUUUGACGAGCUCUGUCGGAAAUACAAUCUUUUGUCAAGAGUUUGAUUCUGAUGACGAGCGAUUUCUCGAGCUCGAUCGGCCAAUAGAAGCUAGAAAUUUUGAAGUAAUCGCGGCCCCUUCAAAUCAGUUUGAGAUCGCGAAAAGCUCGAUCAAGCUGAAUUAUUUCAACAAAGAAAAAGUAACAGAGUUUAAGCUUGUUUUGACUGCCCUUGAGAAAAAAUCAGAAACUCCCCUGUCAUUUGACAAGGGAGGCAGUAAGUUUUCUUAUGUGAUUCACGACUUUGAUGAGUCUCAUGUCGACUUGUUUGGGCUCCCGUCAGGAGAUUUCCAGCUCAAACAGGAGCUAACUUUCAAGACAAGCGAGUACCCCGAAGAGGAGUUUUACCAGCGGGAUGUAAAGGAUAUCAAAUGCACAUUGCCCGUAAGUGUUUCGGUCGAGGAUAUUCUUUUGGAUGGCGCAUUCUACUUCAAAUUUCUGAUCAACUCUUCGUCAUUCUCCGAGCCAAUUUUACUGCAUAGAUCUGACCUCGUGUCAUUGAAACCGGAAAAGUACAAUGUCAGUGGAGGGUUCAAGCCAAAAUCUUCGUUACUGGUCAAAAAUAGCGAAAUCGACACUUGCUAUUCUUUCUUUCACGUAUCAACCCAACCUCCGGCACGAUUUGCUAGUGAGGAUCUUUUCCACUUGAAAAUCGUGUUCAAUAAGCUCAAAGACCAGUUGGACCACUUGGUAACGAACGCAAUAUUGAUUCAAGGUAACCCAGAGCUAGCAUCCAAAAUGGACUUACAUCGUGAUACAUGGAACUCUAUGGUUCUCACAAGGUUGGUAUAUGACUACGCCUUGUUUGAGAACACAUUUUUACUGCGGAUUCUUCCCAACGAGUCUCAUUUGAACGACCUGAUGAUACUCUUCAAAUCUAAAAUACACGAUAAGCAGUUCCUGAAUGCAUCAACAAGCUGCCUUGAGGAAAUUCAAAAAGGUUUUCAAUUUUCACGUUUGGAAAUCGUUGAAUACACUAAGGACUUGGCAACCUCCAUUCUUUUGGUUCCUGUGACUCUUCCUCAGAUAGACCACUUCUUCUCGGUGAACUUGAACCGUGAGAUCGACUCAGAAUCGACGUUGGCGCUGGGUCAAGUCGUGCCCUUCACGAUAUGUGUGACAGACGCUGUGGCCGGUUGGCAAGCUCAGGCUAAAGACAACAAUGAACACGUACUCGAGCUUUUCAAUUCCAAUGAAUGGCUUAUCGAUGGAAAGAGAAGAUAUAGCUUAAAGGAUGGUCAGCAUGUGCAAAAAAUCAAUAUGAUUCCGCUUCGAAAAGGAUACCUAAAGUUUCCCAAAGUCGAAAUAACGAAAACUGGUCGAAAGAUUUCAGAAGUGUAUUAUUGCAACUCAAAUGAAGUUACACUAGUGGUGUAG